GGUAGAUCAUAAAUGGAGAUUACGAAGCAUAAUUUGCAAGAAAAGUUUGGGGAAAUCAAGGAACUGAUUCAUAAAAGUGAUUUCAUAGCGAUGGAUACUGAGUUUACAGGGUAUUCAGCCUGUCUUCAGGAUAGAGGUCAUUCAUAUGAUACUAUUGAGGAUAGAUAUCAGAAACUAAAGUAUGUUUGUCAGCGUUUCAAAGCAAACCAAGUGGGACUUUGCAUGUUUAUCUGGAGCGAAGAAGAGCAAACCUACAUUGCACAUCCAUAUACUUUUUAUAUCCUAAAUUACAGCCAGAUGUUUGAUGGAGUGUUCAGCGUAAGAGCAGACUGCCUCUAUUUCCUCUCUAAGCAUGGCUUCGAUUUUGAUAAAUUACACAAGGAUGGAAUAACUUACCAGAAGUUAUCAGAGAAGGAAAAGAUUAGAAAAGCUAUUAUAAAGAAGAACCAGCAGGAUUGGACAGUUUAUCAUAAGAGGGAUCAGACGAGGCUCUCGAAAGCUAAUCAGAAAAAGCUCAAAGAAAUUCUCCAACAAACGAAAGAGUUCAUCGAUCCAGAAAAUGACACUGCAGGACAAAAUUUCUUUAAAAUUGACAUUGCAUCUCAGAGUUUGAGACAAGAGAUCUAUAACAAUGUGCAGGCCAAAUUCCCUGGAAUGCAAGUUGAAUAUUCCAAUUCAAAGACUGAGGUGAAAAUCAAGAAAAGCAAGAAAUUUAAAGAAUUAGCAAAAAUUGCUAAAAUUAACGCUGAAGAGCAAAAAGAGGAACCAAAGGAAGUCGAAGAGGAGAAGAAAACAGAAGAAAAUGAGCAAGUUUUAGAAGAUCUUGCAGACAAGAGUUUAGAGAUAGAAAUGGGAUUCUCCUUGAUAGUCCAAGAAAUUAUAGAUGCCAAGAAACCUUUAGUUGGCCAUAACCUGAUCUAUGACAUGGGUUUCUUCUAUGAUCAGUUCAUUGCACCUUUGCCUAAUACUUUCCUUGAGUAUACAGAGAAAUGGAGAGAAUGCUUCCCAGCUACUUAUGACACCAAAGUUAUUGCUUUAGAGUCAAAGCUAAAGAUAUUCAGAAGAACGGAUCUUGAAUCACUAUAUAAAAUGUGCUCUAAAGACGAGACUCUCCAGCAGCAAAUCAGCUACAAGAUGGCCAACUCAGAGCUAGGAGAGAAAGCUCAUGAUGCUGGAUUUGAUGCUUACAUGACUGGACUGGCCUACAUGGUUAUGACUAAGCAUAAAGAAAAUGUUAUUGCAGUAAAAGAGAGUUCGACCGGAAAAUCUAAGAAGAAAAAUAAGUCAAAGAAGCAAUCCAAGAAGCAGAAUGAGGAAGAAGUAAAGACAGAAGCUUCAGCUGAAUCAGAUCCCAAGAAAGAGCCAACUUUUAAAUUAGUAAUGGGAGUCAACGGACAAGAAAAGAACAGAGUCUUACUAAGCAUUAAGACAGGCCGUGUUUGGAACUUCAAAGAGAGCUUUACAGGUGAAGAUAAUGAAGAAGACUUUCUUCAUGUGAUAUGGAUACAAUGGGGUAACCCUUGUACAUCAGAAGUAAAUUGGAAGGAAGGACAGGAACAACAAGACGAGGACUUUACAUUAACAGUCGACAAUAUUAAUGAUGAGCUUUCAUAUUUUGGUGAUCUCAAUUGAGUCAAAGAUUCAAUGGUCUCAUGUUAUGUGUGCUUUAAGGAUAUUGAUUAUGACGUACUUGAGGGAGAUUUUGAUGGAAGAAUGCCAUUUACAGAUCCUACUGUUCUUUCUCAAGUUGAGUCUUAUCUCUUAUCUUCAUAUCCAUCACUAGAUAUCAAAGUAACUCAUUACAACGAUGCUCAAAAGUUCAAUGCUUCCCUUGAAUACAAAUAG